AAGGAACCUUAAACUUUUUAAAGAAAAGAAGAAGAAGAACUGAAGAAAAAGACGAGACAAGAUGGCUUCUGCGAGAACAGAGAACGCAGGCCCCGUUGUCAUGGGGAUGAACAAGCAGAACGGGCAGCUCAGAGGACAGCCCAAACCAGCCUCACCAUCAGGACCCCAGGCGGCUAACCAGCUGGGAAAGGCCCCCGCAGGACCGCAGAAAGCGGGCAGUGAGUCUCAGACCGGCCCGGGUAUUAGGUUUGGUGAUGACUGGAAGAAGAGCUUACAGUUACCACCCAAAGACAACAGAGUCAGAACUUCAGAUGUGACAGCCACGAAGGGAAAUGAGUUUGAAGACUACUGUCUGAAGAGGGAACUGUUGAUGGGGAUUUUUGAGAUGGGCUGGGAGAAGCCAUCUCCCAUUCAGGAGGAGAGCAUUCCCAUCGCCCUGUCUGGUCGUGACAUCCUGGCUCGGGCCAAAAACGGAACAGGGAAGAGUGGGGCGUACCUGAUCCCUAUGCUGGAGAGGAUAGACCUGAAGAAAGACCACAUUCAGGCCCUGGUGUUGGUGCCCACGCGUGAGUUGGCUCUGCAGGUCAGUCAGAUCAGUAUACAGCUCAGUAAACACCUGGGUGGUGUGAAGGUCAUGGCCACCACUGGCGGCACCAACCUGCGGGAUGACAUCAUGCGCCUGGAUGAGACCGUGCAUGUUGUCAUAGCGACACCUGGCAGGAUUCUGGACUUGAUGAAGAAGGGCGUGGCCAAAGUGGAUAAGGUCCAGAUGAUGGUAAUGGAUGAGGCUGAUAAGUUGCUGUCUCAGGACUUUGUGGUUCUGAUUGAGGAUAUCAUCCGUUUCCUGACCAAGAACAGGCAGAUUCUGCUCUACUCAGCCACUUUCCCCAUCAGCGUCCAGAAGUUCAUGGCGAAGCACCUGCAGAAGCCAUAUGAGAUUAAUCUGAUGGAGGAGCUGACACUGAAGGGUAUCACUCAGUACUACGCCUAUGUCACCGAGAGACAGAAAGUCCACUGUCUCAACACACUCUUCUCACGGUUGCAGAUUAACCAGUCAAUUAUAUUCUGUAACUCUACUCAGAGAGUGGAGUUAUUGGCCAAGAAAAUCACCCAGCUGGGAUACUCAUGUUUCUAUAUCCAUGCAAAAAUGAUGCAGGAGUACAGGAACCGUGUUUUCCAUGACUUCAGGAACGGCCUCUGUAGAAAUCUGGUCAGCACGGAUCUGUUCACCAGAGGCAUCGACAUCCAGGCGGUGAAUGUGGUCAUUAACUUCGACUUUCCUAAGAACGCAGAGACUUACCUGCACCGCAUCGGCCGCUCAGGGCGGUACGGUCACCUGGGCCUGGCCAUAAACCUGAUCACGGCGGAGGACCGCUUUAACCUGAAGGCCAUUGAGGACCAGCUGGUCACCGACAUUAAGCCCAUCCCCAGCAGCAUUGACAAGAGUCUGUACGUGGCCGAGUUUCACUCCGCCAGCCCUGACGCUGAGGUGGAGGCCGAGGAGAAAGACCCCCCACGGCCCGCGAGCAAGCCCCAAGACCCCUGAGGGUCGCCGAGGACACAGGUAACACAGGUCAGUGGGAUGAGGAGGCCUGGGUGGAAUGUUGUGGUGUGUUAAAGAUUCACAGGGGUCUGGGUGCACUGGUAUAGUGUGGUGUCUGGACAGAGCUUACUUUGGCUUACUUCUCGUUGUUUUACAGAAGUGUCAAACAGAGCAGGUUCACUGAGAUGUGUAAGUGUUUGUGUAGAAAAACAGUUGAGUCACGAGCGUGUGAAACAGGACGGGUGGAUGGAUGAGUGAAGAGAUGAAUGAGUGAAGAGAUGGAUGAGUGAAGAGAUGAAUGAGCUGAUAGACAGAUGAGUGUUUUUUAUUUUAUAUAGAGUAUAGCCGCUCUGCAGAAUGAGACAGUACCUGAGAUGCAGCGACAUGCUGUUACCGUGACAACAAACUGUUUGACCUCUCUAACCUUUGACCCUCCUCUCCAUUUCCACAGGACUAAAGGACAAACAGAAAUGUGGCUUUUUGCACAAACCUCUGAUUUUCUACACCAGCUUUCAGCUCCCCCCCCCUCCUUUCUUUUCUACUCCGAUCAUUUUCUAUCAAUGCACUGUUUGUCUCUUUUCAAACAGAAGCUGUGAUUGGAUCAGUGAAAGUCAAACCACCAGUGUUUUGCACCAGAGAGAACACGCCCUCUUACCUCUAAGAAAAGAUGCUAUUACAUUCCAGAGUCUGUUGGAGAACUCACAGUUAAGAUGGCCUGGUCAGAAAAGAAGGACGGAGAGGAACUGAUAUUUAAAAAACGGAAAAAAAAAAACAAAAACAAAACGGCGCCAGGCACGCCAGCCUGUUUGGGAUUUCAGUGAAUCUUUUCAUGUUUAUCACAAUCUUGUGAUAAACUGGUUGAUACCGGCCUAUGCCAGCAGGCUAGUGAGUCCACAGAUGUCAGUUCAAUAAUUUAUACUGUUCUGGAUAUGGACUUCUCAUAUUCAGUACAUACUGCUGACUUACAGUGCGCGCACACACACACUCACUCACACACACACACACACACACACUAACAGUCAAUUAAGUGCCUUAGAAUGACUGAUGUGGUCAUAGAUACACAAAUACACAUGUAGAUAAUGAGAGUUAGCCAGGUUUCUCUCUUAUACAGGAGAAUGAUGAGCACGUAGGGCAGCUGUCAUGGUAACACUGACUGUGUGUGAUUAGGACAUGUUUUUAGACAGUGUUUACAGAUUUUAAAACUCCACAGACACCACAGUCAGUGAGGACUAACUCAACAAUACUAGUUAUUGAAAAGAGAAAUUUGGGACAAUGCUGGAAAAAGCUAGGAACUAACAUCUGUGAGAAGAGCUUCCUUAUUCUGACUGGUGCUUUAAUGAAGCCUCUGUUUGACAGUGUGCUGUUAAACUCUUUAGCUUACUGCAGCCUUUAGCUUACUUUCCCUGUAUGGCAGAUAGGCUGUAAAGCAGACCUGAAGUCAAAAGCGUAAAACACAGUGGACUUUAUGGCCUUCCAUCUAGUUUGAGUUUCAGGGUCUUUGCUUGGCUCACCCUUUUUUUUUUUGUUUUGUUUUGGGGUUUUUUUUUGUAAAACACUUGCAGCUUUUUUAAGGGCAGUAUCACUUGGCUCAGCUGUUGCGUCGUCGUAAUUUGGCUGCGACCAGUGAUGUGUGGAAACCAACCCCUUUACCUUAGCGUUCACCUCAGCUCCGCGACACUCGUCCUGAACGGAGGAACAGUUGGUUUUAUUCAGGCGGCAGAGUAAGAGGGUUUUCAGUGCAAAGGGAAACUCAGAACUCUGCAAGACGCAGAAACACAAACGCCUGAGGUUCUCCCAGGCGGAGCAUAAUAAUGAGUGAAACCCUGCAGUGAAGCACUGCUGGCAGCUGACUGUCUCUCACAGCCCCACACACUGUCUUAUGUCUCCACGGUGCUCUGCCCACACCUGACCUUUCCCUUCAUUCUGUCUCUUUAUUAUUUUAUUAUAAGAUAUCUUUGGGUCUUGGUCCAGACAGGUCCUACCCAGGGUGUAUGGAGUCUGCACACUGGGGAAACUCACGCGAGUCUUUUGGCAGAGAGGAGAAAACGUUUCCCCAGCCUGUCACCUGUCACGUUUGGUCUGUUCAAAGACCUAACGUGUUUUUUUACUCAACUCUUUAUCAUAGGCGCCGGCAGACAGAAGUGUUCAAGAUUGUUUGCAGAUAAAAUGAAACUCUGAUAUUUUCACGCUGAGGAGUGGAUGGUUGGAAGUCACUUCCUCUGGGUGUUUGUGAAAGGCAGGGUGUAUAAAUUUAGAAUAAAUUAGAGUAGUUUAAGCAGUCAUUUCUUUAUUUGCUGCAGAGACUAGCUGAUUAAUGACAGGAAACA